GGUGACGCGUGCGAGCGCCGCGACCCGUGCCAACAUGGCGGGGUUUGCAUUAGCACCGACGACGGUCCCAUCUGCGAGUGCCGCGACGGCGACUACGAGGGCGCCUUCUGCGAGAGAGACAAAGCGCCGUCAGAAGCGACGUUCCGCGGCGCGGAGUUUCUCUCGUACGACCUCACACAGACCGGCGGGGAGCCGAUCGUCAGCACGCAAGACACCAUCUCGUUGUAUUUCAAGACUAGACAGCCCAACGGCUUAUUGUUUUACACUGGCCACGAAGCGGAUUACCUGAACCUUGCGGUGCGGGAUGGCGGCGUGUCUUUAACGAUGGGGUUGGGCAACGGCAAGCAGGAGAUGCACAUAAAGCCUGCUCGCACGAGGUUUGACGACCACCAGUGGCAUAAGCUCGUAGUGCAUAGGAAGAUUCAGGAGAUAACGCCAAUGACCAGUUUUUGCCGGGUGUCGGCAAUAGUGGACGACGUGUACAAUGACCAUUCGCAUGUGGCGGGCUCAUUCACGAUGUUGGCCAGCUCGCGUGCUCAUGUGGGAGGAUCACUAAACGCCAGGGCACUACCCGGUGCGAGGGUCCACACGAAUUUUAUUGGAUGCCUGAAGAAGGUGGAGUUUUCGGCAGAUACACUCCGCCUUAACCUCAUCGACCUGGCGCGCACGGGCAGUAAACUGAUCGCCGUCACGGGCCGUCUCGAGUACGCCUGCACAGCAACGGACUCCGCUGACCCCGUCACCUUUACCACCAGAGACGCUCAUUUGAUCUUACCAAAAUGGGACGCUGUGAAGACAGGAACAAUUUCUUUUAAAUUCCGUACCAACGAGCCCAAUGGCCUUAUCCUCUUCAACAUGGGCGCCAAGCCACCAAGGGCCGAUUUGUUUGCUGUGGAGAUGUUGAAUGGUUACAUCUACGUACACAUGGACCUCGGGUCAGGAGGAGUGAGAGUUCGAGCCUCUCGAAGAAGAGUAGACGAUUCUCAUUGGCACGAGUUUCUUCUGAGGCGAACUGGGAGGGACGGAAGAGUUACUGUUGAUGGAGCUAAUGCCGAGUUUAAAACGCCCGGGGAAUCAAAUCAGUUGGAACUAGACGGCCCGCUAUUCGUGGGCGGCUUAGGCUCGGAAUACUCAGCGUCAAGAACACCUCCCGCUUUAUGGACUGCAGCACUGAGGCAGGGAUUCGUUGGAUGCAUCAGAGAUCUCGUGCUGAACGGAAAACCUCAGGAUUUGACUGCCUACGCGAGACAACAAGAUUCAGCCUCGGUGCGGCCGGCGUGCCACGUGCUGGUGAAGCAGUGCGUCAGCUCGCCGUGCCAGCACGGCGGCGCCUGCUCCGAGGGCUGGAACCGGCCGCUGUGCGACUGCUCGGCCACCGGCUUCGGCGGGCCCACCUGCGGCCGCGAGGCGGCCACCGUGCGGCUGAACGGCAGCCAGCACCUGACGGCGGCGCUGGGCGCCGAGCACCUGACGCAGACGGAGGAGCUGCUGCUGCGCUUCCGCACGCGCCAGAGCGGCCUGCUGCUGCGCACCAGCGCCGAGCGCUCGUCCGACCGCCUGGAGCUGGCCGUGGCCGCGGGCCGCGUGCGCGCCAGCGUGCGCCUGGGCGACCGCGAGAAGAACCUGCUGGCCGGCGCCGGCGUGGCCGACGACGCCUGGCACACGGUGCGCUUCUCGCGCCGGGCCUCCAACCUCAAGCUGCAGGUGGACGCGGCGGCGCCUGUGCGCGGUAUGUUAUCUGAAACGAUUUUAGGAAAGGCUUCCACGUUGGAAAUAUCGACUUUACAUCUAGGAGGUCUAUAUCACCCCGAAGAAGAAAUCCAAAUGACGUCAACAUUACCGAACUUCGUGGGGUAUUUACAGAAGUUUGUUUUCAACGGGAUCAAGUACAUCGACUUGGCGAAGUCUCUCGGUAUCGGAAGCGGAGACGAAAACAAUAACAUCUACGACACGGCGAACAUAAUUUUCAAUGGGAAAUUUGUAAAACCUGACAGUUUAAACGUAUAUAAAUCCGUGACGUUCAAAUCUCGGCACACGUACGUCGGAUUGCCUCUGUUGAAAGCGUACGCGAACACAUAUUUAGAUUUUUACUUUAGAACGACCGAGAUGGACGGCCUGCUGUUUUACAACGGCGGGAAGAAGCAAGAUUUUAUAGCGAUAGAGCUAGUGAACGGACAUAUCCAUUGCGUGUUCAAUUUAGGAGAUGGUGUAGUAACAAUGAAGGAUAAGUUGAAGAACUUCUUGAAUGACAAUCGAUGGCACACGGUGUCCGUGAGGCGGCCCACGCCGAAGAUCCACACGUUGCAAGUGGACGACGAUCUAGAAAUGCACACGACAAGUUCAAAUUUAAUGCUGGAGCUAGACAGCGUGCUCUACGUGGGGGGAGUGCCGAGGGACAUGUACACCUCCCUGCCGGUAGGGGUCCUGUCGCGGCAGGGCUUCGAAGGGUGCAUGGCCAGCCUCGACCUGCCCGGGGAGUCGCCCUCGCUGAUGGAGGACGCCGUCGCGCCCAGUUCCUCGCUGGUGUCCGGCUGCGAAGGCCCCACCAAGUGCACCCACAACGCGUGCGCCAACAAGGGCGUGUGCGUGCAGCAGUGGAACACGUACGUGUGCGACUGUGACCUGACGUCGUUCACGGGGCCCACGUGCUACGACGAGUCCAUCGCCUAUGAGUUCGGGCCGGGCCGCGGCUCCGUGACGUACACGUUCCCGCCCAGCGCCGUGGCCGACACCGAGGCGGACCGCGUGGCGCUGGGCUUCGUAACCACUAAGGCCGACGCCGUGCUGCUGCGCGUCGACAGCUCCAACACGCAGGACUACAUGCAGAUGGAGAUCAUCCGCGGCAACCUGUUCAUGGUGUACAACGUGGGCGGCGGCGACCACCCGCUGGGCGACGAGGCGGCGCGCGUGGACGACGGCGCCUACCACGUGGCGCGCUUCACGCGCAACGGCAGCCGCGCCGCGCUGCAGCUGGACAACUACGCCGUGAACCUGCGCCAGCCGCUGGCGGGGCAGCAGUCCACCAUCUUCAACGGCAUGGCGGCCGUGGCGCUGGGCGGCGCGGCGGGCGGCGCGCGCCCCUUCAGCGGCGUGCUGGCCGGCGUGGUGGUGGACGGCGUGCGCGUGCUGGACGCGGCGGCGGCCGGCGACCCCGCGGCGUCGGUGCGCGGCGACGCCCGCCGGGCCGCGGCGCCGCUGGAGCGCGACCUCAACCGCAUGCAGCAGACGCCGCCCUCGGGCUACGGCGCCGGCGCCGCCGACGAGCUGGUCUUCUCGGGCGCCGGCUCGGGCUGCCGCGACGACGACGAGGACGCCUGCGUGCUGCCCGAGCGCGCGGGCGGCGACGACCUCAUCACGCCCGUGUACGUGCCGGCCACGCGCCGGCCGCCCGGCCGCCCCGGCGCGCGGCCCAGCGGCAAGAUGACCAAGCCGUGCGACGACGAGGACUGCGUCGAGGGCUCCGGCGCCGGCGGCGACCGCGUCACGGAGCCCGACCGGCCCUCCACCGCGUCCGGGCCCGGCGCGUCCAGCACCCGCAGCAUGACGUCGCCCACCGCGUCGUCGCCGUCCACGGAGCACGGCCUGGGCUCGCUGGAGGCGUCCACGGCCGCGGCCACGGCCGGCGCGCGCGCCACGGAGCGGCACACGACGCUGCCCGACCACGGCGACUUCCGCUCCGGCACCGCCGACAGCUCGCCGCGGGAGACCACCGCCACCGACUCUCACACUUAUCCGAGCCACCAUACGCCGACUCUCACGGGACACCAUACACCAGAAGAGCCCGAUUUGCACACGACAGAAGAAGACCACCAUAACAUACGAGACUACGAAAUCGAUCGCAACGACAUUGAACAGACGCCAACGUACGGUAUCGAAGAACACGAUAGAAUACCAGGACGGUUACAUCCCGAUUAUAACGGAUUUAACGAAAAUGAAAUCACUACGAAGUAUUAUUAUCCGAAGUCGACGGAUAAUAGAGUUGUGCCGCCCGAAUCAGAGUUCUUUGCCACUAUUGUCGGCAUAGUGGCGUCCGUGCUGAUAGCGAUAAUCCUGAUCGUGAUCAUCGUACUCAAGUACAUCGUGUUCAAGCUGGACCCCUCGUACAAGGUGACGGAGGACAAGAGCUACCAGCAGGGCGCUAGCGCCGCGCUGCUCGGCAACCAGGCGCACUCCAGCUACCAGAGCGGCGCGGCGGGCGCGGGCGCGGGCGCGGCGCGCAACCUGCAGCCGCUGCCGCUGGCGCGCGCCGGCGCCGCGCCCGGCCCCACGCAGCCCGUCAAGCGGGACGGCAUCAAGGAGUGGUACGUCUAGGCCUCACAUAUCGCACCGUCGCGCUCGAAGGUCCAGCGCCGACCCCGUAGUUGUUCCAGCCUCCGGUCGCCUCGCGAGUUCGAUCUGGCGGUCGGGGACGCGAGCGCGGAAUGACAAUUGUUGACUGUAAGAACGUUGUAAGUUGCUUUAAUGCUAGGACGAUAAAGUAAGACGACAACUGACUGAUACGCAAGUGUUUAGAUAUUGUAAAUAUUAAUUAUUAUUGUAACGUUACAAGGAAUCACUUGUGCGAUCGGAUUGUGCAAUUUUGGACGAUCAAUUUGAAAGUAUGUGACGCUUCCGACUACUGAAUUCGGGAAUUGCAUUUACUACUUUGUAUAGUUUUUUUUUAUUACAGCCUUAUUCUAGACUUAUUUCGAAUGAGUUCGGCUGGUUCGCGAGGUCACUUUUCUAUCUACUUGCCUUUGAUAGUUUAACUUACACUAAGACUAAAGUAGUUUGGUUGUAGGCAAUUUUCACUAACGGCUAGGUUUAAGUUUGGGCGACUUCAUUUAUAUACUCUAACGGCUGUUUUCUUAAUAUUUAGUUUCACGAUUGACAAGUUUCUAAUUAGCCCUGUAUGAAUUAGAUGAAAUCAUCAAAGUCGCCUAAACUUGCGAUCGAGCCAAACCAAACAUUGAUCUAUUCCAAAAGUACCACGAUAAGGCGUUUGGGCUGCCAACACGAAAUUGAAGCAUAUCGUUCUAUUGAAGACUACUAUACUUUUUCAAUAUCUCUUUCCUAUAUUUAUUAGAUCUUAUACAAUAUUUUUAGAGAGAACAGCGAGUAGUAAGGUUAGGACAUGGACAUAAUCAAGGUUAAUAUCGCUUGGAAUUAGAAGCUCGAAGGAUGUACAUUAUCGUAGGAAGCGUAAUCGGAUGAGCUUGUAGAUUUGGUAUGAACUGUAGAUGACUUUUGUUUGUCUCCCUCCAUCCUUGCUCAAUUUCCUCUCAAAUAAGUUUUUAAAAAUCUAGAGGCCUAAUGGACGCUAUUUACAAAUACUAAAAUUCGACGACGAUCUCUACGUAGCCUCCGAUUGUAUUGAUCUGUGUGAAUAAAAGUGAGUUCAAUGAAUGUUAAAUAUUGCUGAUGGUUCAUUUUGAUAAUUAUUCGCAGCCAAGAUAUUGAGUCAAUACUGUAAAUUAGAAACACUGGAAAGUUGGCUGAUUUUAAUUAACUAAUAAAUUGGGCGUUCUACAAGGAUUCGACUUUGGUCCACUAAAUAUAUCGUUACGAGGUACAAUCCACUGUUCCUAGCAGCAGCGAGCAGUAGCUUAAAUGUGACAUUUUCAAGUGUAAAUUUAUUUUACCUAUGGAAUAAAUGAUUCUUUGCCUUUGACUUUGACCUAUAUUAUGGUGAACCUUAUAAAAACUAUGAAUUGACUGACUGACGAAACGGCUCGAAAUUUCCCUUGUAGAUAUUUAUUAUAUUGCAUGCAGUUUUCUCUCGUAAUAAUUUAAUAAAAAGCUUAUAUUUUUACAUUUAGAGAAUACAUCCACCGUCCCGUUUUCCUCUUUCCGAUUAAGCGAAACUUUACUUAGCUUUAAUGUAAGACGAGAAACAUAUUUAUAUAGAUUGUUAUGAAGCACAGGUUCUAGGUAUUUGAAGUUGCAUUUAUUGUAAAUAGUUAACAAUUAUUAUGAUAAUGUAAUUAAGUGGUACCAUACGGUGAAUAUCACACUCGUUUUACGGCACAAAAUGUUAGUCGGAAAUUUGUUUGUUUGUCAAUUUUAGUAAUAAAUGAAACGUUAAUGUAGUUAAUUAUUUGUACCGAAAUUUGGACUUUCAAAAACAGUAAUUGUAAAGUUUAUAGAUGCAGCUUCUUAUAAAAAAAUGAGGUAUUACAAGCAUUUAGUUUUAUUCAAUAAAACAAUUAUUUUAUAUGUCUUUUGCGGAACAUUCUUUUCCAACCUGUAUUGAUAUUAUUAUUUUUAAAUGUUAUGGAAACGAUAAUGUAUCUAUAGACAGCGUUCACACAAUCGGUUGUUUAGUUUCCUGAUAAACUAAAGUUGUUAAAUA